CCCUAAUAAUUUUAAUUUUUACACGGAAUUACUAUUUGACUUAAUCCCCGCUUUGCCUUCCCCUCUUAUUAGUUUUCAUAUAUAUAUAUAUAUACCUCCCACUUGGCCUUCUUCGUCUGAGAAUUGGGAUCUCUCCCAACAAAAUAUUCUCCCUGCUCUGUCCUCCCUCUCUCUCUCUCUCUCUCUCUCUCUCUCUCUCUCCCUCUCUCCCUCUCUCUCUCUCUCUCUCUCUGUGGAGAAAAUGAGCAACAUAAGCAUGGUGGAGGCAAAUUUGCCACCAGGGUUCAGGUUCCAUCCAAGAGAUGAAGAGCUUGUGUGUGACUAUUUGAUGAAGAAGGUGACUCAGUCUGAUUCAACCCUUAUGAUUGAAGUUGACCUCAACAAGUGUGAGCCUUGGGAUAUUCCUGAAAGUGCUUGUGUGGGAGGAAAAGAAUGGUACUUCUACAGUCAGCGUGAUCGUAAAUAUGCAACAGGGCUUCGAACAAACCGUGCAACUGCAACGGGGUAUUGGAAGGCCACAGGAAAAGAUAGACCGAUCCUUCGCAAAGGAAGCCUUGUUGGGAUGAGAAAAACCUUGGUUUUCUACCAGGGUCGAGCUCCCAAAGGCAGAAAAUCCGAUUGGGUCAUGCAUGAGUUUCGGGUUGAAGGUCCCCUAGGUCCUCCUAAAAUCUCUUCGCUCAAGGAAGAUUGGGCUUUGUGCAGAGUGUUUCAUAAAAACCGAGAGAUAGCCGCCAAACCCAGCAUGGGAAUUAGCUGUUACGAUGACACAAGCACUUUAACUCUGCCUGCCUUGAUGGACUCCUACAUCAGUUUUGAUGGCCAAACUCAAUCUCGGACACAAACUCAGACUCAGCCCCAAGAGUCUGAGCAAGUGCCCUGCUUCUCCAUGUUCUCCCAGAACCAAAACCCAUUUUUCACGCACACUGACAUCACUAGUUCUCAACCAAACAUACCCACCAAGCACAAUAAUAACAAUGACACAACUACAUUUGGAGGGUUGCCAAAUAUGACCAAUUUUCUUGAUCCUUUUUCAUGUGACAAAAUUGUGCUAAAAACUGUUUUGAGUCACCUUACCAAGAUGGAAAGUACUACUUAUCCUACUUUGAAUGGCUCAUCACCAAGCUUUGGAGAAGGAAGUAGCUCAGAAAACUACCUAUCUGAUGUCGGUAUGCCCAACAAUAUUUGGAGCCACUACUGAUCUCAUCAUUUCAUGUAGAAUUCAAACAGAAAGAAGAAAAAAAGGAUAAGCGAUUGUUGUCAAAAAUUAAAAAUUAUAUAGAAAUUAAUAUAUGUACGUGCUUGUAUUUUCCUCCAUGCUAUAGUAAUUAAAUCUCGCAUCUGGUUAAGUAUA